UUGAAAUUUGCUUAGUAUAGAAACACUAAAGAUCAGCACGCGCUUUAGGCAUGAACUUAACCCUGACCCUUUAGGUCAAUGAAAUUAGGUCACAGAAAAUAAUGGAUGAUUUAACAUCUCCUGUAGUCUAGUCUAUAAUCGAAAUGUGUGAUUGUUAAAGAAGUUUGAACAGAAAAACUAUAAAACAUUUUCUGACAAUGGCUGAUGUAGAUGCUCACAUCCUCAGUGAACAUAUAAAUGCUUUACAUUUAGAAUAUGGUGGUGAUUUGGAUAUCAUUCUUAAAAGUAGAAUUAUUAUUGAGACUCUGGAGAAUACACACAUGUCUGUUUUAAACCUUGCAUGCUAUGCCUGUAACAUUAGACUUGUAACAUUAUUACUAGAGCAGGGAACUAAUGUAAACGCUCAAGGAGAAGAUGGGAUGCCCCCAUUACAUGUCCUAUGUCAAAAUAAACAUUUCCCACAUAUCAGAGUUAAAAUUGCUGAAAUGCUGCUUGAACAUAAUUUGAAUGUAGAUUUGAAAGAUUCCUAUGGCAAUACAGCACUGCAUGUUGCUUGCCUGAACAGUCAGAUUGAUAUGGUGAAUUUCUUAAUCAAGGCUGGAUGUGAUGUCAACAUUCCAGAUGAUGAUUGUGAUACUCCUUUCAUUAUUGCCUGCAGAGUUGCAUCGGAUGGAUGGUACUUUUGGAAUACUGAAUGCUGGAAUGAAGAUUGUGAUGAUGAUGAAUCAUCUUGUCAAAAGGUUGAGAAUUUUCCUCCUGUACUUAUAUGUAAAGCAUUGAUUAAAGCUGGUGCCAACCCAAAGGAAGCUACUCUUCUACCUGCUGCAGUUCUGUAUAGCAGCAUGGACACUGUAAAAGAAUUCAUUGAACAAGGAAUGGAUGUCAAUAUGAUGGAUGAAGGUAGAAGAUUUCCACUUGGAAAUGCUUGUUCAGCCUCUUACAUUCCAUUUCAUAUGGUUAAACUUCUACUAGAAAGUGGAGCUGAUGUUAUAGGAGAUGGCAGAAAAAAUAAGCCCAUAAUAUCGGCAUAUGUGUACAACUCUGCUGAUAAAAUCCGUCUUUUACUUUCUUUUGGUGCUAUAGUUAGUUGUGAAGAGAUGUCUGAUCUUUUCUCUAUUAGUCUUUCUAAAUGGUUUCUUGAAAACCCUGAUGUGAUUGAUGAAAACAGCUCUGAGCUACUUUGCUGGAAAUUACUACUAAAAGCUGGAUUUAGGCCUAAAUUGUUUCUUCUGGCCAAUAAAUUAAAGUAUUUGUCAUUGUGUAGCAGCUAUGCCAAAGUGAGUCCUUGGUUGUAUGAACUAUUGGCACCUUUACCAUCUUUGUCUGACAUAUGUCGUGUGUCAAUUCGAGCUCAGCUCAAAUUACCUAUAGAUACAAAUAUAGAUAAUCUUCCCUUACCUAAUGGCUUAAAAGGAUUUCUUAAAUUUAAUGAGUUUUCUUCAUCGAUUUUCCUGAGAAGCAGUAUUAGAAAUCAUGAGCCUGCCUGAAAGGAUGUGAACUAAAACAAAAGAUCAAAGAAUUAUUAAAGUAUCCAUAGUAUUCUAACAGCAUCGAUGUCAUUUUAUGUUUUGAAUAAAGGCUAAAGUAAGUUUUUCUUUUAAUCUAUUUUUAGCUUUAAUUCUAUAGAUAACUGAAACUAUAAAGUUGGAUAUUAGUGUACUGUAACAAAUCAAACAUGUAUAACAGAGUGUGUUGCAUGACCUUUAAUUGAUCAGUUUAUUGGUUGUGACCCUAUAAUCCUUUUUUUCUAGGUAUACACAUUUAUUUUUAAAAUAUUGCAAUUGAAACUUUUUGUGAGUUGGAAUAUUAAGAAAUAAUUAUUUGGCUAAAAUAAUGCUCGAAAGAUAUUUGUAAGAAUUGAGUUAAUGCAGGUUUGGACACAAUAUUGCACUAAAACUUCUACUCGUCUGUAAAGUAUAAAGUUUUUUUUUGUUUGUUUAAAUGCCUGUUUUUACAAAUUUUAAAUUGUGAUAUUUUAUGUCACAAGACACAAAUUUUAUGCAAGAAAUUAACAUUAUUAUCUGUGCAAACCAACGUUUUAACAAUAGUUUGUUAUAAAUGUUUCUUAUAGUAACACAAGGAGAGCUAGAGCCCUAAAAAUUAAGAAUAUUUGUUGGUAUUGUUACUAAUACAUGUACUACUGGUAUAUAGAGAGAUAUAGAUAUAUAAAUCUCAACAUUAAAUAAAUUUUUAUCAUUUAACUACAGGGUACAUAGUAUUUUCCCCCGGUUGUUUGUUAAUAAUUCAAUAUACCAGUAGUAUUAUAUCGUGGCUUUUAAAAAUGUUUUGAAACAGAUGCUCAUGUUAAAAAAUUCAGAUUAACAAACUUAAUGAUAAGCAAAUAAUUAAUACUAUACUUUGGAAAAUUAUUAUAACAAUUUUGUUUCCUUUAAUAUUUUUUAAAACAUCAUACAUUAUUUUAAGGGCUCUGGAAAUUUGUGCCUAGUUGAUCAUAAUAUACAUACAUAAUAUCAAACUAAAUUGUGUCCAGUGGCUCCACCGUCAAUUAAUCAACCUUCUACUCAUUCAUUUUAUCCAAGAAAUUUAAACUAAAAAAAAUUAAAUCAGCAAUAUUUCUCUCCCCCCCCCUCCCCCCAUAUACAGAACAGCAAAGUUUGACACAUCAAACUAUUAUAAUAAUUUAACAUCAUUAUAAAUAUUCAUUAUAAAAAAAAGUAAAAACUGCAUCUAUGUGUUUGCGAGGUACCGGUAUCGGUAUAUGUAGGCCUAUAUCAAUAAGACAUAUACUUUAAGAUCGUAGGUAACAGUAAAGAAGACAAUCCAUUGAGUCAUAAAGUCACAUCUGUGCCCAAGGGUUGAGAGUUACACGUCCAAAAUAGAUCUAUGCUUGAUGGGUAAAAGUAAAAGCAAACGAGCAAUUAAGAUAAACGGAAAGAUUACAUUGGAUUUAUCAGCGAUAUGGUCGUGAUUUGUCUAAUUGUUCUUAAUUCUCAUAAGAUUUUCAUAACUACAACUUGGCCUUUGAUGAUAGCAUAUUCCAAAGGAUAGAUAUGCUAACCAACUUGCCUCUCUUUUCACUGAAGCGAGAUGGUGAAAAAGUUUUGACGCGGUGUGUUUCACAUUAUAUUAUCUUUAAUAUUUACUUACCGGUAUUAAGUUUCAUAAAUUUUAUAAUUUAUCCGCAUAUAUCCACCAUGGCCAUGCUAGUGCAUAUCAAGCCCCCAUCUAUCUAACACGUGCAUAUUAUAUUUUAUAGACUUUAUGUUUUUUUACAUACCGAUACUGUACAAGUCGUAAGAGCAGGUCAUUUUAUCUACAAACACUAUAUAUAUAUAUAAUGGGCGUAGCCAGGAGGGUUGGGUUCAACACAAACCCGCACCAGAACUAACCCCCCCCCCCGCAAAAAAGGGGGGGGGGGAAUUUGGGACAGAUUUUUUAAUUUGAUUUUGUUUAUUUUAGGUGAAAAUUUUAAUGUGAAAAGCCUUACAAAGAUGAGCUGUUUUCUCAUCUACAAGGGACUUAAUGCAGUAGUGGUAGAGCCCAAUAGUAUAUCAAAGCUGCACAAGCCAUCGUAGAAGUUGAAAGCAAGAUACAAUUUGAUGGGCUCCUACGAUGCAGAAGAAUCUGUGAUCUCCUUGUGAAAGUCAUGCCACACAAGAGUCUGAACACCAGCAGAGGUGUAAUCAGCUCCAGAGUCCUGCUGAAAUAUUCUGAGAAAGAAUUAUUGAAGGAGUUGCCCAUGCCCGGCACAUUACCAGGCGUAGAGAUGGUGAGGAGGUCAAAACCGCCACUAUUAUCCUUACAUUCGGAAAUAGGACACCGCCAGAGUAUGUGAAGGCAGGAUACCUACGAGUUCCAGUGAGGCCUUACAUACCUAACCCCAUGAGGUGCUUUAAAUGCCAGGUUUACGGACACGGCGCGGCAAGAGGUCUCAGGAACAUUGUUUUUGUCAGAGUCAUGAGGACAAGGGUUGCACAGCCCUGUUCAAAUGCCCAAACUGUCACGCUGGCCACAUAGACUACUCCAAGGACUGUCCUGUGUGGAAACAGGAGGUUGCCGUGCUGGAGUACAAGACAAUAAACGUAUGUACCUUCAGCCAGACGAUAUCGCCUGUAUUUGCAUCCCCAAGGGCCCAUUUGGCUUAACAAAGACCUACACCCAGGCUGUGAUUAAGAUAGGAAAGUCCAUAGCAACACAGACGGACACAUCGACCUUACCACCCCUUCCUACUCCUCAUAACACCUGCCACGAAACACACCUCCAAAGCAGAAUGAAAGCCCUGUUGUGAAAGUCAUGCUAAAGAGCAUAUUCUCUGCUGGCUGAUGAGGGCAUGGAGACUGAGCAGCAUGAGAAAACCAUCACUCCGGAAGAACCUGGUGAUGUCUGACUCGGAUCCUCCUCAGGAACCCAGCCAGACACCCCAACCUCCACUGAAUUAGGGGUGGAUCAACUCCCAAAAGGGAGAAGCCCAACUUCUUCUUCUUCAUCGUUCUCAUUGUUAUGUUGGAGUGUUCAUAUGACUAGACCAAUACAUGAGAUGAACUGCGCAGUGGUUUCCAAAUCAGGGAGCUCUCCAUAUAGUUUUCUUUCUAUUGGGGUGAUUUGGGGCCAAUGUCUUAUACGGGCCUCUUGGUAGAGAGCAGUUUUGGAGGACGUGGUCGGCAUUUUCUGGUGAUACUCCACAUGGGAAGAUUUCACUGGUUCCAAUUUUGAGCUUCCGGUACAUGUGUUGUCGCAUUCUGUUGUGUCCGGUCCUGAGUCGAAAGAUUAGACUUAUAGUAAGCGUCAUCUUUCUUGUGAUUUGGAUGGGAGCUCGUCCAUUUUUCAUUUAUUUUAUCUGCAAUUAAUUUCUUCAUUUCUUCUGGAUAGAGUGGUGGCUUUAUGGGAUGAGCCAUCCGUGUAAACUCUGAUCCACUGAUUGCUAGGGUAAUUGGUCUUUAGAAAAUAGUUCACUAUUUCCUUGAGCUCUGUUGGUCUGUAAUCAGAUUUUCUUUUUAUGUUUUCAAUAUGGUCCCUUAUAGUAGGAAGUGGGCUUUCGUCCCAGGGUGGAGAUUCAUUACAGUGUAUCGAGGAUUCCAGAGUAAUUUUUUCAAGUUGGUGUUUCUUUUUUAGGUUUAGAGAUUCCUGCAUGAAAUUGGUCCUUUUGAGACGUUUUUUUUGUGCCAGUUUUGUGGAUUUUUGUUCUGAGUGGGUGCCUCUCCAAGGUUUCCAAUUUAGUGAAUUGGGAAAGGAUUUUUAUUUCUCUUCUUUCAUCCAGAGAGAUCAGGGCAGUGGUUUCCUCCAUAGCUCUUAUGGGUGUUGUUUUGAUUUAUCCUGUCAUUAUCCUUAGACCAAUAUUUUGAACCUUGUCUAUUUUUCUUAGGUUGGUUUGGGCUGCUGAGCCCCAUGCUGUGGCACCAUAGCCUAACUAAAGUUGAAGAUAUCCGAAGUGAGGGCUAAGUCUAUAAACACAAAGGUCACGGGAAUUAAGGAAAACCCAUUCGGGGGCUUUUCAACGGUUAAUAGCUCCAAGUAGCCAUGGAUUCCAGGAUUGUACUGUGGAAUUGUAGAAGCCUCAAGACCAAUUAUGAGGAAAUGAAGCUACUGAUGGACUCGGAGACUCCUGUAGCUGUCUGCCUACAGGAAACAUUUCUGAAAACUUCAGACAGUAUUAGUUCCCGCAGUUACAGCACAUACAGCAGGACUGGUGAAGAUGCGGAGAGUAUCAGGUGGAGUCUGUAUCCUUGUGAAGGACAGCAUCCCCCCUUGAGUGGGUAGAACUCCAAACUGCUCUAUAGGCCGUAGCAGCUAUGAUAUCUCUGCUCAAGGUUAUCACUUGUUGCAACUUGUAUCUACCUCGAGGUACUCCAUUGAAUCCAACAGAGAAUGAGAAACUAAUAAAACACCUCUCUCGGCCCUAUAUAAUCCUUGGAGACUUCAUUGCCCAUAACACUGUGGGGAUCCAUCAAUACUGACACAAGUUGUCGUAUGCUGUAGGAUAUCUUCCCAUGAUUUAUGCACCAUCGAUCUACUUGCAUUCCAAGAAGCUGAAUAAAGCUGAUUGGGAACACUUUUUAAAAAAGAUACUCCCAGGAUAUCACAGAAAAUAUCCUUAAUGAGCAGAGUCCAGCUGAUAUUUUUGCUAUAAAGUUUUACCCCUAACCUCCGCAAAUACGAAACUGCCAGCAAACUUGCAAAAGUGCUAUUGGAGAUAGGAAAAAAAAAACGACUGGCUACAUUUUUUAAGAAUCUUUCCCAGGAAAAUCUAAAGCUAUUCAGGAUAGCUAGAGCGAAGGCUAGACUAACCAUACGGUCAGACAAAAGGAAUUCCUGGAGAAAUUUUGUCGGCAGUCUGGAUGCCAAAACUUCUGCUGAAGCGGUUUGGAAGGUAGUAAGGCAGAUCAAAGGAAAAGAAUCAAAUGCAAUAAGGCAUUAGAAAAAACAAGGACGAACUAUUAUGUCCCCCAGAGUUAUAGCUGACUGCCUUACAUCCUUAAUAGAUAAAUCAUACACUGCACACUACGCGCCAGAAUUCCAAAAGUUUAUAAUCGGGAUGGAGAGACAUCCCGGAGAUGGGGUUGACUUCUAAAAUUUGAGUUGAGAUGGGGCAAAGUAAUUGACAAUAUAUAUAUAUAUAUAUAUAUAUAUAUAUAUAUAUAUAUAUAUAUA